AUGGCAACAGAGCUUUCAUCUAACUGUGAGUGUCCUAGCUGUUUGCAAGGUACUCAAAGUGAGUCUGACUGGAAUUCCUCUUCCAGAGAGAGAGGACAUGGCGCUGCAUACUCGAUAUCAAGUAAGACAUCUGUGCUCUCUCCCAUCAUGCAACGCUUUCUUUCUCAGUGUUGUUCUAACAGUCUGGAGAGCUCUGACAAGGAAGACUCCGUGCUUCCUCCUUCAGAGGAGGAAAGUUCUGUGGGCUUCUCUCAAAAGCAAAAUCUCAGCCAGACAUCGAAGAACCCCAAACGGAAGAGCAAACCAUUCAGAGAGAUGACUAUGCAAGAACUUCUGAGGACGUUCGGAGACAGUGGAAAGUUUCAACCGCACUCUGUGUCCUUGGGCCACUUUAGAGACCACGAGGUUGUGAAGCUCAGAAGAGCUCUGUACUAUUCUGGAAUCUGGGUAAAACAUGUCCAUGGCUCUGGACUGGAAAGGCGCUUUUCAGCUAGUUAUUUCGAAAGAAAUCCCAGUAGCCUGAACCGCCUGAUUCCCUGGCUGAAACGGGAACUCACAGCUGUUUAUGGAGACUAUGGCUACACGGUGAAGAAUAUUCUAGCUGCCAUUCUCCAUCACAUGACAAAAUUUAACUUGGAUAGUGAAUCCUUUAUUCGUCUCCUAGAGCCUUAUCUCCUUCAACAUACCCAUCACUUUCUGCAUGAGUUUAUCAGUUUUGUUCAUUCCUCUAACAACAUGGAGACCUAUGACCGCAGUGCCACUUACCAAUGUCCUAUUUCAACAUGGAUGAAAAACAGGGACACUGUUUCAGCUCCAGUCUUGUGUUUGCCUGGGGAUCUCUCCCUCGUGGUAUCUCAACAAGGCACAAAGCCGUCUAAGAACUCCCAGGUUCAGGGGAGUAAGACUGAGCAGAGGCUUCACUCUGCCUUGAAACAGUUUCCAAAUGGUAAUUAUGCCUCAAAAAAUCCCCACAUCUCAACAACCCAUCAGAAAACAGCAAAUAAACUGCAUGUUUGGGCCAAAGACGAACGGGGUUUAGAUGAUUUCAAGGGUGUGGUUUGUACUACUACCUCGUCACUGGAUUGGAAUAAUCUCAGGGAAAGCAGGCCAGACACAGAAUAUUGCAAAAAUGAUAAUCAAGAGAAAACGACAAAGGUCACAGCGUUGCUCCCUGGCAAUGCCCAGGCUCUGCAGCACCGUGAAAAAAGCCCGCCGCACACCUGUGUAGCAUUGGUAGAGUAUAAUCAGGUACCACCAAGAAAAUACAUUAUAACAGAAACAAAUGUUUUGAAUCCUGGCCAACAGGUACAUUAUCAUAAAAAAGAAGUAGAAAAAAAGAAAACUGAAGAAUCUUCACCAAAGGUUUUUCAAAGUUUGCCUAGAGAAAGAACCUCGAUAAACAGCAAAUCCAGAGAAAUUGGUAAUUCUUGUAAUUGUAUCUCAGAAAAUAUCUGCUCUCCUACUAAAAAUGAUAAAAUGCUGGCUUCUUUUAGAAGAAAGAAGGUAGAAUUCAACCAGUCCUCUCAAUGUGAAGAAGUUGGUUCACACCACAGUACAAGAACCCAGAGACGAUCCAGGUCCAGGACACCGAGAUCCCAAUCUUGGUGUGUCAGAUCCAGAAAGCAACCCAUAAGCAGAGGUCAGAGUAAUCUUUUUCUGAGGGGAAGUCACAUAAGCAAGCACUUCACUGAAAAUGUAUGCUGUGGGCCUUCAAAAGAGAGUGAGCAUGGUUUUGAAGUAGCUUGCAGGGUGGCAUCUUUGACCUCAGCCCACAGUGCCCAGGCAUGUUUAACUGCUGAGAAGAGACACAACUGGGUGUCCACAGGAGAAGAUGAUUCUCAAACUGGAAGACGGUGUGCUAGUAUCUCAAGCCUACAGACCGAGAAAUAUCAGUCCCCAAAUAAGCAGGAGAUGAAGGAAAAGAAACUAGUUGGUAGAGCUAGGAGAAUCAAAACACUUCAGGACAAAAAACCUAAAUGCCACUGUGUGGGUACACAAACCACAGCUGAGUUCAGUGAUCUCAAUGAUUAA